AAGAAAAAUGUACCGUGCAACAUCACGCACGGUAGAACUUGUCUACAAUUAGACACCCUCCGAGAAGUUCCAAUUUUUUUUGGGGUCUUUUCUCCGCCGCACUGAAACCCGUUUUCAUUCGAUCCGGUGAGAGAGGGUUCCUCUUUGGUUGCGUGAAUCUUCAGAAAAGGGUUGUCCUUGUAAUAUAAUAGUUUGUGAAUUGGAGUUUGUGUUUAUAGCAAGAAGAGAAUGGAUGAGUCAAAAAACAGGCAUAAUGAUAAUUUGGGUGUGAACAAAAUGGGGAAAAACAUUAGGAAGAGCCCAUUACACCAGCCCAAUUAUGGCAACAACAACAACAGCAGCAUGAAUGGGGGUAGACAGCAACAGCAACAGCCUCAGCCUCAGCCUCAGGUUUACAACAUAAGCAAGAAUGAUUUCAGGGAUAUUGUUCAGCAGCUUACAGGGUCUCCCUCUCAGUCUCAGGAUCAUCCUCAAUCCAAACCUCCUCAGAAUCAGAACAAUUCCCCAAAACCUCAAAGUAUGAGGUUGCAGAAAAUUAGGCCUCCCCCUUUGCCCUAUGUGAGGCCUCCAUUGCACACCACCUUGCCAGCAGCUAGACCUGCUCACUUUAGACAACAACCAUCACCAAACCCUAAUAAUAUAGCUGAGUCACCAAUCUCUGCCUACAUGAGAUACCUUGAACAUUCAAUUACAGAUCCCACUUCAAGGGGUGCCCAAUUUCAACCCCAUCAUCAUCCAGCUUCUUCUGCUUUGCUUCCUAACCCUCCUAUGUUGCCUUUGAAUGCCACAAACCCUCUUCCUCCUCCUCCUGCUAUAGCUGCUGUUCCUUCUCCACAACCAAAUGGACCUCCUAUUUUACCUUUACCUUCUCCAACCUCUCAGUUUCUCUUGCCUUCACCAAAUGACUACAUGAAUUUCCUCUCCCCUCAGUCUUGUUAUCGACCACUGUUGUCCCCUGGCAUUCAGUUUCCAUCUCCUUUUACUCCCCAUUUCCCUUUGUCACCCUUUGCACAGUCAGGGAUUUUAGGCCCCGGUCCGCAGCCUCCACUUUCGCCAGGGCUGUUUCCUUUGUCUCCUUCAGGUUUUUUCCCCAUGACAAGUCCUAGUGUCGGCCCGCAUCAGGGACUCUCGUGCAAGCCAUACAAUGUUCCCAAGCAAGAACUGCUCCUUUCCUCAAGCUCCCUAUUUAGUUCCUCCCAUCCCAGAUGUCAUAAGGGCAUUUUUGAGGAAAAAGGAAAAGAGGAGCUGCAAAACUCAACUCGCCACGACAAGCAGAGCCACCACCACAAUGAGAAAAGGAUAGAGAUCAAGUAAAAGAGUGUGAAGACUCCCCACGACAAAUCUACACCUCGCCAUAACAAAUCCUCAUUCUGAGACCAAGAACAUGAGCAAAAACUCAACAACGAGUGAAAAUUUUGCCAUAUCGAGACUAGGUGCAGAGAGCAUGAAGAUUCUAGAGAAGAAGGCUUUUGCAAGAGAUGAAGAAUUACUGCAAAGAAAGUUCUCACUACAGUGAGAUCCUGGUGUGGUAGAAAAAAUAAUUGCACUUCAUUAAACGAGCCCGUGUAACAUAUUUCUAGGAACCUUUUGUCAAUUUCUUAGUGUUCAUAGUUUGAAGCUGUGAUUUCCUCCCUUCCCCCCCUCUCUCUUCUUCCACUUCUAUUUUUUGGAUUUAUUUUGUGUUUUUCCAUGGAUCAAUUCAUGAUCCUUCGUAACUAAACUUGAAGUUGUUGGAUCUGGAAUGAACUAGACUUCAAUCUAUUUUCCAAUUUAUGCAAUACUUUUCUA